GCGCAUUUAUUCAGCAGCAGGAGCGCGCCGAGCGCAUAAAUUGGGUGAGAAAGGCAGCGGCGUGAGCGCGCUGUUAGUAGUUGUCAGCCUCAGAUUUGGAUUUGCUUGAAUAUAGUUACAGUUUGGGAGCAAAUGAGAACUGGGAGGAACACGUUUGACUCCGAGAAUAUAGGCUCUUCAAAGCGGCUGUUUAUAAAGCGAUUUGGUUUGAGUUGGGUCCGCUCGUUUUCGUGGCUUCUUUCAUUUUUGCAUGGACUGCACCGCGGCGUUUCGGUUUAGUUUAGACCGCGUUAAUUGUACGCGCAGUUUAGCUCGUGGACAUUACACGCGCGCUGCGUAACCCGGGGACGUCGCUCUGUAUUAUCUCCGAGAAUAAAUUUAACAACAGACACGCAUCUAUUUCUCUACAUGGGUUUCCGUCUGUGAACAGCGGAAAACCAAACCAGACAGACGAGCCUGUGUAAUUAAAGCGACGCGGACGAUUAUUACUGUACAUUGUUGUUGUUGCGAACCGAUUUCUUCUCAAAGAAGCGAGGGGCGAGCGCAGAAGUGUGCUGGAGCCGAGAGCGGAUCGCCUGGAGCCGGACUCCUCGCUCCUCAGGACGAUGGUCUUAGACAAGGAAGAGGGUGUUCCGAUGCUCUCCGUCCAGCCCAAAGGAAAACAGAAGGGAUGCGCCGGCUGCAACCGCAAGAUUAAAGACCGCUAUCUGCUCAAGGCCCUGGACAAAUACUGGCACGAAGACUGCCUGAAAUGUGCCUGCUGCGACUGCCGCCUGGGGGAGGUGGGCUCCACCCUGUACACCAAAGCCAAUCUCAUCCUCUGUCGCAGGGACUACCUGAGGCUCUUUGGUACGACGGGGAACUGCGCAGCCUGCAGUAAACUGAUCCCAGCCUUUGAAAUGGUGAUGAGGGCCAGAGAUAAUGUUUACCAUUUGGACUGUUUUGCCUGUCAGCUUUGUAACCAGAGGUUUUGUGUGGGCGAUAAGUUUUUCCUAAAGAACAACAUGAUUCUGUGUCAGAUGGACUAUGAGGAGGGUCAGCUCAACGGGAGCUUUGAGACACAAGUUCAAUAGCCAAUCAAAGAACGGCAGCGGCAGGUCUCGGUCCACACACGCAUACACGCGCCCGUGUGCGACGGACGUUCUGCUGCACUCAGAAGAUGAGCAUCUGUCUGCUUGCCUGCAAUACUUUUUACAGUAAAAGCCCUAUUGGUCCCUGAGGACUCUAUUGUAAAUGUACUACUUUUUGGCCCUUUCCGUCCCCAACACUGAGCAGUUACACGUUUUGAUGUACAGUUGUGCCUGCUUAGCUGAGCACUGUAUUGCCUGUAUGGUUUUUGUGACGUUUUUCUGUUUUGUUCUCUUACACUUCUUUCUUUCUUGCUCUCUCUCUCUCUCGCUCUCUAUUGUUCUUUCUAAUGCUUCUCUAAGGGUAUGUACAGUCUGUUUUUCUGUAUAUAUAAACUGGAACAUUUAUUUUAUGAAACUGUAAUGCAAUUUUAUUACCAGUGUGAAUUAAAAAGAUUCUUAAAUGUU